CCAGUAAAUUGUAAAACCCCCUUUAAGUAGUUUUUGUUUAUUUUGCAUAUUUAUGUAUAAAAAAGACUCGUCCACAAGGAUGCAUUUUAAAAGUUGUGUUAAAUGCGAACAUUUGUCGUUUUCUUAUUUGUGGACUUUUAGAGGCUUGUCAUUACAUGCGGUUUUGUCCCAAAGAGCAAGCUUUUUCUCGCGUUGGUCAAAAAACAGGAAGUAGGCUAAGGGGGAGUUUAUGGAUAAGGAGUAGCGUUUUGUAGCUGCUAGCUGAAGUUCAGAGUGGAUGGUUCAGUGACUGGACAUCGGAGAGGUGACAGCUCUUAAACAGCACCGAGAGACCGACAUGAGCGCCCAAAAAGAUGUCACAUUUGAUCCCAAAGAGCACCAGCACCUGCGUUACAACCCUCUGCGGGACACCUGGGUCCUGGUGUCAGCCCACCGCAUGAAGAGACCCUGGGCAGGUCAGGUAGAAAAACCGCCUGAGGAACACAUACCCAGAUAUGACCCCGGCAACCCACUCUGUCCCGGGAACACACGUGCGAAUGGGAAGGUCAAUUCAGACUAUGACAGCACUUUUGUGUUUGAAAAUGACUUCCCCGCUCUUCAGCCAGAUGCUCCAGAUCCUGGCUCGGCUCAACAUCCAUUGUUCCAGUCUAAAGCUGCCAGGGGCGUCUGUAAGGUCAUGUGUUUCCAUCCCUGGUCUGACAUCACCCUCCCUCUCAUGAAGAAACAUGAGGUUGUCAAGGUGAUUGACAAGUGGGUGGGGCUUGUUGAAGAACUCGGCACCACGUAUCCCUGGGUUCAGAUCUUUGAGAAUAAAGGAGCUAUGAUGGGUUGUUCAAAUCCACAUCCUCACUGUCAGGUGUGGGCCAGCAACUUCCUGCCUAAUGAGCCAGCUCUGUCAGACCGCUGCCAGAGAGCCUACUAUGAGAAACAUGGAGAGCCGCUGCUGCUGCAGUACGCCAGACUAGAGGCUGACAAAAAGGAACGUGUGGUGGUGGAGAGCUCUGACUGGCUAGCAGUGGUUCCCUAUUGGGCAACGUGGCCCUACCAGACGCUGUUGUUGCCACGACGACACAUCCUCAGAAUCAAUGACCUGACAACAGAGGAGAGGGAGGGUCUGGCUGACAUUAUGAAGCGCCUGCUGACCAAGUAUGACAAUCUGUUUGAAAUCUCUUUCCCCUACUCCAUGGGCUGGCACGGAGCCCCGACUGGCCCCCACUUAAAGGAAGACAACUCUCACUGGCAGCUGCAUGCUCACUACUACCCUCCUCUGCUGCGCUCAGCCACGGUCAAGAAGUUCAUGGUGGGGUAUGAGAUGCUCGCCCAGGAGCAAAGGGACCUCACUCCAGAGCAGGCUGCUGAGAAGUUAAGGAACCUACCCGAAGAGCACUAUAAAACCAGAGAGAGCCAGGAAAAAGGAGGAGGAAAAGAGGGAGAUGAUGGAGGAAAGUAAAAGUCAAAGUGAAACGACCUGUGUGAUGUUUGAAAGGGAGGUGAAAAAUAAAGCUUUAUUUAAACCACAGUAUACUUUUGGAAAUGUGCGGUUGGUGUAUUGCUUUCGUUUUGUAAGUUCUGUAAAAAUAACACUUAAAGUUCACGAUAUGUAACUGUAACACACUCCUCUGAAACGGCACAACAUGUUUAAGUGCCUCUCUGAACAUACAGCUUUAAGAUAUUCUUAAUUGCACCGCAUGCAAUGUAUGUUUACAUAUUAACAAAUUUUUAUGUCUCCGUGCUGGCAGCAGUCAUGGCAGCAGGCAUCAUGUUUUUUGGGUUAUCUCUCUGCCCACCUGUCUAUCCCGUCCUCAUGAAUGCGAUAUCUCAGGAAUGCCUGGAGGGAAUUUCUUAAAAUUUGGAAUUGGAAGGAUGAACUGAUUAGAAGUCGGUGGUUAAGUGUCAAGGUCAUCGUGACCUCACAAAACACGUUUCUGGCCAUAAUUUAAGACGUCUCAGAGGAUAAAAUGAUGAAGUGAUGACAUUUUAUAUCCAAAAGGUCAAAGGUCAACUUUUUCUGGCCAUUAUUCAACACAAUAACUGAGGAACAGAAGGGGAGAUUGUGACCGUAUUUCACAUUUGGUCAGAUGCUGCCGGGUUGAAGAUGUGUAUGAAGCAUCCACGUUUUACAAUCUGUAGCGUCUUUGCAGCAACAUCCAUAUUCGAAGCCUUGUAGUGACCACAAGCACAUUGGUUCUGCAGAUUUUGAGCUUCAGGUCAUUGUUGUUGCACCGUGUGAUGAAGCUCUCCAUCAGUCCUCGGUUCUCCUCUGGAAAAAUAGCCUCUAAGUGAAGACUUAGACUCUUACUGGAAUCAUACAUGUUUGUAAGAUUGCACCCAAAAAUAACACUUAAUACUGUUUUGAAUUAAGGUCUUCACUACACAUAUUAUACGAGCCUGGACAGACAUGGAUGAAAACUGCAAUUUGACUGGUUGGCAGUGGCAAACAACCACAAGGCGGUAAUUCCAGUUCUGCACACGAGGCUGAUACUGGGCUCCUUACUGCAAUUAUAAAAUGGGCUUCUAACAAAAUGUGUUAUGGAACCCGUCCUCCGUGUUUUAGGGAGAUAAUGAGAGAACAUUAUUCUUUUCUUCUCGGCUGUCCCUUCUGCUGAAUUCAAACAAACUUUGUUUGUUGUUUCAACAACAGAGCUUUUUUUUCUUCCAACAACACAAUGAGUUAUUUGUGAUUCAAAUGAAUGCCUUUGCUUCUUGGAAAUGUUUUUUUUCAUGGACGGUAAUUGCUGAAUUAGUUUGACAGCUUUCAGCCUCAAAGGUGUG